AUGGCCAUAUCUAUCACCAGUCUGAACAACGUGAUGACGCAGGGGGAGGAUCCGGCCCUUGCUUUACAACACCAAGGUCGAACAGUUUACUUGAUCAACUCAAGGCUGUCCCAAGGGAACCCGGUCUCCAAUGCGAACCUAGCGGUGGUGGUCAUGAUUGCCCAAUACGAACGUUUGCGCGGCCGAUUUCUCGAGAGUCUCGUACAUCUCGAUGGUCUCUACAGCAUGGCUGAAAUGCGAGGAGGAAUCGCGAGACUUAUCAGGGAUGAGCCCUCCCUUGGUCAAAAGAUCGCCAGGGAAACUGGAGCCGCUCUUCAGAAGGAAUACUAA